AUGGCUGCGGUUGAGCCGAUCGGCGCCUGCCAGCCGUGCCCCAUCGACGAGAUCGGCACCCCGGUGUGUGCGGUCUACCAUAACCGCCGCCUGGUGGACUGUGUUUACCUCGGAAGUUCGUCACCUGCUCUUAUUGCCUCAGUCCUCCGUCCGCCGAGCGUCUUUGCCACUGGCCUGAUCAUCCACCACCCGUCGAUCGACCCGGCACUGUCGGGGGUCCAGGAGGGGGACCAGAGCGGCCCGCCGGCCCGCCGCGCCCUGGCCUCGUCGCACCAGGCCGACAUCGGCGCCGGGCUGGGCGCGGGCGAGUUCCAGACCUGGGAGGCGUGCGAGCGCGUGGUGCUCAAGGAACAGCAAGACUUCUACGAGUUUGUCCUGUGCAACCUCGCCAUCGCCGUCGUCUCCCUCGUCGUCUACGGCUUCCGCACUAAACAGCUCGUCAUCAAGCAGUACGGCAGACUCGCCGCCCGGAUCGGCAUCCUUCCUUCUUGA